CCCGCCGUCUCCAGUUCGGCGGCCGGCGUGUACGGCACGCGUGGCUUCGGCGUUCGUUUGGGCCGGUCCAUGACCUUGAAAAUAAAGUUCACUCCGGUCAACAAUGCUUGUUUCAUUGGCACUGGGGUGGGGAGGGUAAGGGGACGAGGUGGCGGACCGGCUCGCUUUGUGCUGGCGAUGUAUUUGACAGAGAGCACUUAAAUUUGCAUCAGUGCAACUUACGUCAUCAGCUAUUUGCCCCCAUGCUUUCACCAAUCCGUUUGCGACACCUUUGUUUGCAUCAAUCAAUGUCUUACCAUUCGUUAGUACGCCGACAGUCCAAUGUGAACGCACUACGAUUUAUAUCCAGCAGUCUCAUACGUUUCUGCGCUGGAUGAGAACUGGCACCCCAACCAUCGCUGCCGCAAAAAGACUAGCUCAACCAAGGUGAUGCCAGCACAAACACGCAACAAUAAUUCGUCGCCUUUUCUGAAGACACUUCACCUAGGCUAGCAUAACCCAAACACAUCGAGGCUCUCAAACAAUUUCUGUCGGGCUACGCCACGGCCCCAAAUUUUGCUUUCGUUGGCGGCGUGUUGCCCAAUUGGCGUUCGCCCACAAGAACGUACGCAGCCAUGAGUUCGGGUCUGGCUUCAGUCCGUGUGCAUUUUACAAAGUUAAGGAGCAUGGCAGUUACAUAAUGCGUUAAAAAAUACCCUCCAGAAAAAAAUCGGUUCACUGCUUUUGCUUAUAUGUACCUACGGCUGCGAGACAUCAGAGAUCAUACAUCGUUCACCACCGUAGCGCAAAUCUCACGUCGGGGCCCUGAGCUAAUUUCACCAAUAACAGGCACACGCAUGCGAGUUCAAAAGUUUUUACACAAAUGCAAUGCGAAUUACUGUUGGCCACGCCAUCCUACUGUUUGCUUUAUUUUUUUCAUUUUUCUUUUGCUCUGAUACAAAUGACGAGGAUUAACUUUAGUGAAAGAGGGGUCAGCUUCCUUGUACCAAACGAAGUGACUCGCCCUUUCCUUCGCGAGGGGCACAUACCUUUCGAUGCGAUUGCAGUCCUACGUGCUCCCUUUCCAAACUUACUGCGCAACAACAGUGAGGAUCAGCGUCAGUGCCCUCGAUCGGGAACAUGACCUCUGCACAUUCAUAAGGAUACGCAACAAACAUACCAUGAACAUAUCUGCUGUGCAAAAUACAAACCGGUAUUACUGGCACGCCUACCUGUGAACUAUUGACCCGCAUUACCCCAAUACCCAUAUAACCUUCCUAAUGAGGUAUUUCCGUUGUCGCCAAAAGCGCAUAUCCUGAGGAGAAGUACCAUGAUAAUAGGCCACGAGCUAAAAUUGGAGAACAGAACAACGAACGUCGAGAACACGGCAAAAACGGCACAAAUAACAGCACAUGGGUAGUCAUCAGAACAGGCAACAUCUUUCCACCGGUACACAAGUGGAGUGAAACAAUUGACAAACGAUCCAAAUAAUGUGACAACGAAAUAUUUGCCGAUCCUUUAGCUGACCGCAAGUCUUAAACUGCAGCUAUGACAGAGAUACGGGCCCUGACACGCAAUCUUGCUCUGCUGGUGUUGUUGGUGUUUGUGCCGACGAGUUUACAACAACCUGGAUCCGGCAGCUCGACCGCAGGACCAGUCGACGGAGGCACUACGGCGGCCACAGUCCCCAAGGUUAGGUGGUCCAGUCGGCCGAGACACAGACACCCGAUAGUUCACGGUCAUGACGACGACCACGACAUGCCUGAGCACGGUCACCACCGAGACCACACGAACGACUUGCAUAAGCACGUGGAGCACGUCAAGAUACCUGGAGAUCACGACGCUGCGCAUCACACGCCUUGGAAGAUCACAGGCCCCGGUUACGAUAUUCGAGACCAGCCUCACGGUCGCGUUAUAGGGGAGCCGAUCCAUGCCGAACUGAUCGCCUACUCGGACUUCAUCGAAGCCAUCGACGAGAAGAACGGAGAAGUGAUCGCCGCCAUUUUCAUCAAGGUGAAGUGGCAGGACAGUCGUCUCAGGCCACUGAAUGAUAUUCUUAAGGAGACAGCAGGUUUUUCAAGGGACAAGCUUUCUCUCCCCGGCGAGAUGAAGGAGAAGAUCUGGGUGCCCGACCUGUACCUGCCGAUGGCGAGAAAGGUAUCCGUGCCCACCAUUCACCAGCCCGCCGAGGCCAUAAUCCUCAAGCAGAACUACUCCGUCGAGUACUCCGCAUUCUUCGUCAUCGCCUUCAAAUGCACAAUGACCUAUAAAAACUACCCCAUGGACGAGCAGGACUGCAACUUGGAUAUCAUGAGCUACACGCACAACAACAAACAGCUGAGACUGAACUGGGGUCCCAUCGGAUUGGAGGGAGCGCGGGAGAUACGCACGAAACACUUCGUCGUGGCCGUUCUCCGCCCGAAGGGGAGCAGUCACUUCGUACAGCCAAAUCAGGACGGUCCAAAGGACGUUCUCCGGAUCAAAUUCUACCUCAAGCGCCACAUAACCUUUCACCUGAUCCAGACGUACGUGCCGUCCAUCAUGCUGGUCAUCGUCGGCUGGCUGUCGCUGCUGGUGCCGCUCGACUUUGCGUACGGCCGCAUGGUGCUGUCCGUCACCACGCUGCUGGUGCUGGUGUCCAUCUUCGUCACCACCAGCCAGACAACACCCGGCGUCAACGAGGUGAAGGCGCUGGACGUGUGGCUCUUCAUGUGCAUAUUCUUCGUGUUCUCCGCCAUCGUGGACUGCAUCGUGGACCUACGCUUCCUAUCGAUGGUGGAGAAGGAGUCGCAGAUCGCCGGCGAGGAGGGCACCCAGCUGGACGACGUGGCGCCGGUGGUGGACGAACGGCUGCGCGCCAGCCAGGGCAGCCGCGGCGCCGUGGCCGCCGCCUCCAACACCUAUCGCUCCUACAGCGUCGUCUUCCACGGCAACAACACCCCAUUCCAGGCGGACAAAGAGGUACUAAUUGCGACGCCUGCAGUGCUCAAGUGGCUCCGCCUGGCCGUCUACCUGGAGCGGGGUAUGACGGUGGUGUACCCCACCCUCUUCGCUCUGUUCAUGGCCGUCUACUGGUCCGUCUACCUGACUGCCAGCAACAGAAAGGCGAUGUUGGAGGCUGAGGAAGACUGACUGCUACCAACUUGUCUUGUCAACUGCAGAGAACCAAACUGUGUCGGUAGCAGCACCAAUAUUAGUGGGAAUAGCGAAAUGGCUUGACUUGAGAAUAACUGAAUAUGAUGGCUGUGCCGUUUUAUGUCCCCCCGCAACUUGUCCUUCAACAGUUUCAGCUAUUAACACUGCAGUCUUACUCUGCAAACUACGCUGGUGUUACUGAAUUGUGGUUUUGUCAAUAAAACGAUGUUUCUUUAAAUGGUCUUUCAGCCAACUUGCAGGAGCUUUUAAUGGUCUCUCAGCUAACAGCCCACCUCCUUGCAGGGCCUUUCAGCCAAUGACGAGACAUCCUUGCAUGAGAUGCGAAACAAAGAAAUACAUGUGAUGAACUCUGAAAAGUACAGGCAUUCAUCAGGCAUGCACACGGGCUACCCCCGAGAGGAAGACGGUAACAAGUAUAUCCCCCAUGGGCUUUUUUAGGCACUAUGCUAUUCAAAGUGCUCUUUGUAACUUUGUUUAUGCCUGGUGAGUAAGGAGGGGGACGCCCCUGACCUAGGGAUGAAAUCCUUCUUGACUGGGCAUAAAUGGCCUGUUCGAUGUUUGUGUGUGGUUUGAAACAGAUGUAGCCAUUUCAAUAUGAUUCACUGCAAUUCACAAUGCCCCUUUUAAGGCUUCAAAUCAGCUAGCUUUUGGGUCCGGGUACACUUUCCUACCUAACGUUACAAAAAAUUAUUGUACACCAUUUGUGGUGUUUAAGGCAGGACAUAUCGUA